ACGGGUGCUCGCGAAUGCUUUUGGACUGGAGUCUCCUUUGCACACGCGCACAAUAGAAAACAGAAUCCCAUGGAGAGUUUAUCUGACGACAGGAGGAAUACAGAGGCCGACUGAAGCCGUGUGAAUGCAAAUGGAAGAAGUCAUAGGAGUUGGCAGCAGAGGAGCAGCGGCUGUUUCGGAAGAGCUAGGCAUGAUCUCUUUGAGCCGCUCCUAGGUUAUGGUUUUACUUUUGUUUUAGAUUUUUUUAAACCGUGUGGGUUUUUCUACUGUUGUUGUGAACUUUUUACUUGUUUUUAGGGGACGAUUGCUUUAGGCCUUUUAUGUAGGUAAAUGAUACACAGUGGCCCUGUGUUAUGGCGGUAUAUUAUUUACUUUAUAGACUACACUGACAACGCUCAAACCUAGGUCAGGCCACCCCGACGGAUACCGACUCGUAAGUUUCUGUAUCGAAACUACCCAACGACCCAACCCUCCAAUCGUGUCUGGUGCAAGCGGUUAGUCUCUUCACUCUCGUCGUUUUUGGGCUGAUAAACUGUCCGCUUCAGGGUCUGGGCUAACAUUUAUGAUUGUAAUGAACCCCCUACCUCUGUCACAGAACGUAUAAAGUGAUAUGUGAGCGGAUUGUAGGUGUGUGAACAAGCAGUAUCAGCGUUAUUACAUAGUAGCGAAGGUUCUUCUGUGGCUUUGGUUCACGGCUACUUCCUGGUACAACAGAGAGAGGCAGUGCUGAGUUAAAGAGACCGAAUAGACAUUUAGAUAGAAAAAUACUGAGAAGAGGGAAGGAACGAGAUAGGAACAUUUGGCCUUUUUCCAGAAUUUGAAAAUCUCCAUUCUCUAGUGCAUUUAUAUUGUGUUGUCUCAACAUUUCGAGGUGUUUGAAGGGACGAAUCAAGAAUUCGUUUGGAUGACUCGGAUGCCGAAGGAAGGUCCGGCUGGUUGCGGCUAAAAAGGAAUCGUUGCGGGCAGAACACAGCCCUCCCAACGCCGCGGAGAAUCGUCGCACAGAUUUUCUUUCGCACCAUUGUUUUUUUAUUAUCACAUCUAAGGCUAUUAAUUCGUAUUUUUGAUAGACGAGGUAGGUUAACGGAAGAUGGGUUGUUUGGGCAACAGCAAGACUGAAGAUCAACGCAUCGACGAAAAGGCACAACGAGAGGCGAAUAAAAAAAUUGAAAAACAAUUGCAAAAAGAAAGACAAGCGUAUAAAGCGACGCACAGGCUUUUAUUAUUGGGUGCUGGCGAGUCCGGGAAAAGCACUAUUGUAAAGCAGAUGAGGAUUCUACACGUCAAUGGUUUCAACGCAGAGGAGAAGAAACAGAAAAUCCAGGAUAUUCGGAAAAACGUGAAGGAUGCCAUAGUGACUAUAGUGUCGGCCAUGAGCACCUUGAUACCUCCGGUCAGCCUAGCCAACCCCGAAGAUCACUUCAGGAUGGAGUACAUCAAAAGCAUAGCGCCUCUCUCGGACUUUGACUACUCACAGGAGUUCUUCGACCAUGCGAAAAAGCUGUGGGAUGAUGAGGGAGUCAAGGCAUGCUUCGAAAGAUCCAACGAGUACCAGCUUAUCGACUGUGCACAAUAUUUCCUUGACAGAAUCGACUCGGUAAGACAAGCAGACUACACGCCUACCGACCAGGACCUGCUCCGGUGCAGAGUGUUGACUUCAGGGAUAUUUGAGACCAGAUUCCAAGUAGACAAAGUGAACUUUCAUAUGUUUGAUGUGGGCGGUCAGCGAGACGAAAGGAGAAAAUGGAUCCAAUGCUUUAAUGAUGUGACUGCCAUCAUCUUUGUGGUUGCUAGCAGCAGUUAUAACAUGGUGAUCCGAGAAGACAACAACACCAACAGACUCCGGGAAGCCCUGGACCUCUUCCGCAGUAUCUGGAAUAACAGAUGGUUACGUACCAUAUCGGUCAUAUUGUUUCUGAACAAGCAGGACAUGUUGGCUGAGAAGGUACUAGCUGGGAAAUCUAAAAUUGAAGACUACUUCCCUGAAUAUGCUCGCUACACCAUACCAAAUGAAGCAACUCCUGAACCUGGCGAAGACCCCAAAGUGACAAGAGCUAAGUUUUUCAUCCGAGACGAGUUCCUGCGGAUCAGCACCGCGAGUGGCGAUGGCCGACAUUACUGCUAUCCUCACUUCACCUGUGCCGUGGACACGGAGAACAUCCGGCGCGUCUUCAACGACUGUCGUGACAUCAUCCAGAGGAUGCACCUACGACAGUAUGAACUCUUGUGAUGUGAUGGACUGUCAGGACAUCAUCCAGAGGAUGCACCUACGACAGUAUGAACUCUUGUGAUGUGAUGGACUGUCAGGACAUCAUCCAGAGGAUGCACCUACGACAGUAUGAACUCUUGUGAUGUGAUGGACUGUCAGGACAUCAUCCAGAGGAUGCACCUACGACAGUAUGAACUCUUGUGAUGUGAUGGACUGUCGGCCGCGCACACAAACACGCAAAACACACACAGCUCCAUCAAGCCUUUGGGGUUUUAGUCAAACGUUCUGCAUCUUCGACCCAAACUUCUUCAAACCUGAUCCCUAUGCCCGGCCCCUGAAACACGGCCCCGCCCUCCUCGUCCCCGCCCCCCACGGCCCCGCCCCCCACGGAC